AUGUCUUUUAAUAACACAGGCUACACAGUUUUUAGUAACUCCAGUUCUGUUUCCUCGAAUCGCCUGGAAAACCGGCCACCGUUGGGCCUCGAUACCUCGGAAGUGAAAGGUCUUGCAGGUGUUAACGCGGUGGCAAGCAUUAUUGGUACCGUGGGCAAUCUUUUGGUUUGUUUUGUAGUGAAGAAAUUUCGCUUUCUAGGAAGGCCGAAAGCAGAGCUGUUCAUCGCCAGUUUAGCCGUGGCAGAUCUAUUGGUUUGCGUGUUUGCUCAGCCAAUGUAUGUUUUGUUCCUCUAUGGCCUGUUACCCACCCAGCUAAACAUGAUUAGAACGGCAGUGACCUGGAUUUCGACGUUGGUCUCCGUCAGCCAUUUAUUUUCGAUUUCAAUCGAGCGUUUUCUCUCGCUGUUCUUCCUUCACCGACAUAGGUUCUUCAUCACAGAUCACACUAUCUGGAAGUCAAUUGUUUUUACAUGGCUCGUUGCCAUAAGCUUUGGUGCACCAGCCUCGAUUUUGAGAAAAGCACGUCACAUAGCACAGUACUUUGUAAUUGCUAUCUUGCUAAUCAUGCCUGUUCUAUACGCCGGAAUAUUUUACAUUGUGCGACUUCAACAGCAACGAAUUGGGAAACAAAUACCAGCGCAAAAACUUUCAAAUUCUCAAAAAAGCUUCGCAAAAGAGCGAAAGAUUCUCUACAUGAUAGCCGUGGUCGUUGGCGCUUUUUACGUGUGUAUUACACCGCUUAUCGUUCUUCCGUUUUUCUUCAGCGUAGGCGCAUCGCCUGCUGUUCUCAAGCACGCCAAACGCGCCUUUCCUUGGGUCAACACCAUGGCGUUUUGUAAUAGCUCUUUAAACCCAUAUGUCUAUUACUGGAGAAGUUGGCGAUUUAGGUUGGUUAUAGAAAAGAUGCUACGAAGAAUGUUUGAAAAGAGAUGAACGCACCACUGAAAAUCGACAGAAUCAGAAAGGAUGAACUUUGAAACGUUAUGAAUUAAUACAUUUUUUCAUUUUCAGAAACUCGCAUCGAAAAGAGAUGUUAGCGAAAAAUUUAUGUAGAAUCGCGAGCUAUCUCAAGUACUGUAAUAAUAAUAAUAAAAAAGCUCAUGAAGUGGCAUGUGGUAGUCUGCCGAAACCUUUGAUUGUUAAUCAGAGGUGCGGCAGUUUUUGAUAGCUA